AGGAGGCAGAAACCGGAUUGGAAGUGGAUUCCUUUUCUAGUGUGAUGAAGGGAAACGUGUGAGCGCCUUCCGAAGGAGAGCGUGCCAACAACAGGAAAAAGAAGGCGCUGAUCCUGUCUGGGAAGAAGAAAGAGGGAGGAUCUGUGUGGUGAGUGAGGGAAGAAGGAGGAAAGCGUGCCCUGAGGGUAAUCCUUGACGGCUGGCUUAUUUGGUUGGUUGUGUAAUGACUCCGAGUCCCCUCCCCCUCCUCCUCCUCCUCCAUCGCUCUGUUUAAAAGCGGGUCGCUUUCCUGCUCGGCGCCGGAGCUCUUCUUUCCCGAGAGAUUGCCCUCCGAGCGCUCCAUCUCUCUCUUCUCCUGAAAAUGAAGCGCCUCUCCUUCCUCCUCGCCGUGGUCUUCUUCGCGGCGACGACGGAGGCCCAGCUGUACGGGCGCCGCUUCGAGGACCGGCCCGCCGCGGCUUGCCCCGACCGCUGCGACCGGUCCCGCUGCCCCGACCUGCCGGCGGAGUGCGCCUCCGGCACCCCCGCGCUCGACCCCUGCGGCUGCUGCCCGCUCUGCGCGGCCCAGGAAGGCGAGGCGUGCGGGGCGGCGCCCGGAGGGGAUCCCCCCUGCGCCGAGGGCCUGCUCUGCGUCCUCUCGCCCGGAGAAGGAGCCCCCGGGGGCGCCCCGGCCUCGGCCACCGUGCGCAGGAGGGCCCGGCCCGGCCGCUGCGCCUGCGCCUCCCCGGGACCCGUCUGCGGCUCCGACGGCAAGAGCUACGACAGCCUCUGCCAGCUCCGCGCCGCCAGCCGCCAAGCCGAGGCACGCGGGCAGCCCGCCCUCAUCGCCAUCCAGAGAGGGCCCUGCAGCCACGGCCAGGAAGAUCCCAAUAGCUUGCGGCACAAAUACAACUUCAUUGCAGAUGUGGUAGAGAAGAUCGCCCCAGCUGUUGUUCAUAUUGAAUUGUUUCGCAAGCUGCUUUUUUCAAAGAGGGAAGUUCCUGUUGCUAGUGGCUCGGGGUUCAUUGUUUCUGAAGAUGGAUUGAUAGUUACCAAUGCCCAUGUGGUUACCAAUAAAAACAAAGUAAAAGUGGAACUGAAGAAUGGUGUCAUGUAUGAAGCUAAAAUUAAAGAUGUUGACGAGAAAGCAGAUAUUGCACUAAUAAAAAUAGACACUCAGGGGAARCUACCAGUCUUACUGCUUGGGCGGUCGGCAGAGUUACGCCCUGGUGAAUUUGUGGUGGCCAUUGGAAGCCCGUUUUCUCUCCAGAAUACAGUGACUACUGGGAUUGUUAGCACGACUCAACGGGGAGGCAAAGAACUGGGACUCAGAAACUCCGAUAUGGACUAUAUCCAAACAGAUGCCAUUAUUAAUUAUGGAAACUCUGGAGGACCUCUAGUAAACCUGGAUGGCGAAGUGAUUGGCAUUAAUACUCUGAAAGUCACUGCUGGGAUCUCCUUUGCAAUCCCAUCGGACAAGAUUAAAAAAUUCCUUACUGAGUCACAUGAUCGACAAUCCAAAGGAAAAGCUGUAGUAACAAAGAAGAAAUACAUUGGCAUUCGAAUGGUGUCUCUCACUCCUAGUAAAGCUAAAGAACUGAAGGACCGCCAUAAAGACUUCCCUGACGUUAUUUCCGGAGCCUAUAUUAUUGAAGUAAUUCCAGACACGCCAGCUGAGGCUGGGGGCCUGCAGGAAAACGAUAUCAUUAUAAGCAUCAAUGGACAACCCAUACUCUCAGCCAAUGAUGUCAGUGACAUUAUCAAAAAGGACAAUACGCUCAGCCUGGUGGUACGCCGAGGCAAUGAAGACAUUAUUCUAACAGUGAUACCUGAAGAAAUUGAUGCUUAAAUUGAAACAUGAGCUGGAUUUCAUGUUCUCUGUAAAAGAGCAAGCAAUGGACUGUUUAUAUUAUCUCUGUGCUGGUACAGGAAACAAUAGACUUUUGGCCAACAACCCACAUGUUCAGUGGAAAUGGGUUGGCCAAUAACAUAAUUUUCAUUUAAGUUUGAGGCAAAAAACCAAAAAAACAAAACAAAAAAACAAACAAAACAAAAACAAAGCCCUAUGCAACGUGCAAGAUACUUCUGCUGUUCUUAAUAUAUGCUAUGUAUUAUCUACUGGCUCCAUCUCUCACUGUACCUUCAGUGGUCAACACCUGAUUCUUCUGUGCUGCAUUUUAUUUCUACUAUGAACUUGAAAGUAGAAUGACUGCUAAACCAUACAGUACAAUGCUAAAUCUUUCUAUAGCUUAAUUCUUCCUAAAAGGCAGUUGUUAAAAGAAAGAUAGAUAGCUAACACGUGUGGAAAGAAAUACUGACUCGUGUACACACACAAUCCCAAAGACCUUUGCUUAAUGACUCCAUGCUGAUUUUUUU